AAAAAUAAGAAGUUGCGCCGUAACAUAAACAAUCAUUUUGAUGAAUUCUUUCACAACAUUGCGUACGCUAGCUUCGUUUGGACGAAAUAUUCUUGGUCGGUAUCAGUAUUGUGCAUUCGCGAGUCAAAAUCAAUACGCCACCAAUCGAUUCUACGGACAGUCAACGACAGGCCAAAGCGACAGCACGAUGGAAGAUUACAAGAACGCCAAAUCGGUGUACGAUUUCACGGUGAAGGACUCGCACGGUGCCGAUGUCAGCUUGGAGAAGUACCGCGGCAAGGUGCUGCUUAUCGUCAACAUUGCGUCCCAGUGCGGUCUCACCAAGGGCAAUUAUGCCGAGUUGACGGAGCUAUCGAAAACGUACGAGGACAAAGAUUUCAAGAUCCUGUCCUUCCCUUGCAACCAGUUCGGUGGACAGAUGCCAGAGGGUGAUGGUGAGGAGAUGGUUUGCCAUCUUCGAUCGGCCAAGGCAGAAGUGGGAGACGUUUUCGCUAAGAUUAAGGUAAAUGGUGAUGAUGCCGAACCCUUGUAUAAAUACCUGAAACAUAAGCAGGGAGGAAUAUUGGGUGAUUCGAUCAAGUGGAAUUUCUCCAAGUUCCUGGUCAACAAGGAUGGGCAACCGGUGGAUCGCUACGCUCCGACUACAUCACCAAAGAACAUUGUGAAGGACAUCGAUAAGCUACUGUAGGCGUAAAGCCCGUUGAUCUAAUCGAUUACAUGUUAGUCCCAGUGUACAGUUUCUUUAUGGAGUGCGUAUGAUAGUUAUGAAGACUAGGCUGUCAUUUUGGAAAUUAUCAUAGAUAACGUCAUGAAACGAUAUCGUGAUUUGUAUAGGGUAAUUAAAUUUGUAUGUUCACUUUAUGACCAAACUAUCAUUCAAAAUUCCAUAAUAUAUUGAUACCAUAUUGAUCACUUGAGAUAAAUUUGCAGUAAUUUACUGCUUGUAACCAGAGGCGCCUUUAUAACUAAUUUACGCUCUGUAUUAGAUGGAUUUCCGUAUUCGCUUGUCACAAUACACAAGAUGUGUAUUGUUAACGUU